AAAAAGAGAGAUGGAGAGAGAGAGAAUCGGACAUGGGCAGGCCCUGCUCUGCCAACACUGUAAUGUCAGAUGGUCUGGCUGGGCUGGAGAGGCCAAGAGCGGACCUACCAUCCCCAUCUUGAGCUUUCCAGCGUUUCUGGGGCCUCCCAUCUGGUUGCGGGGGAUGGAUGGCCCAGCGUUGGGGUGAUGGGCGGGAGAGGACAACUGGGGUGGGCUGACUGAUGAUGUUCCACAGGAGCCCGUGCCCACGCUGUGGAACGAGCCGGCCGAGCUGCCGUCGGGAGAAGGCCCCGUGGAGAGCACCAGCCCCGGCCGGGAGACCGUAGACACCGGUCCCCCAGCUCCCACCGUCGCGCCAGGACCCGAGGACAGCACCGCGCAGGAGCGGCUGGACCAGGGCGGCGGGUCGCUGGGGCCCGGCGCCAUCGCGGCCAUCGUGAUCGCCGCCCUGCUGGCCACCUGCGUGGUGCUGGCGCUCGUGGUCGUCGCGCUGAGAAAGUUUUCCGCCUCCUGAAGCGAAUAAAGGGGCCGCGCCCGGCCGCGGCGCGACUCGGCUGCA